CGGCACAGAAAGAGCUAAAAUGAUGUCGCUGAAAUGUAAUGUUGAAUGCUCAAGUAUAAAUAUCUUCUCGAAGGCAAGGAGCACCGUGGCCUAUACGUAUAUAUAACGUUGAACCCGAGUUUCUACGUCGAGGUAGCCAAAGGUUGCGCCGAUAACGACGUCGCUCCUGUCCGCUAAUGACGCAAGAUCUCAAUUAGCAUCAGUAUCGUCGUGACUGUUGAUCGCGACGCGGGUUGUCACGCCGCUUAAUCUCCGCUUCCGUCGUCGUGCGCCUCUGCGGUGAAAUCCGGACGAUAUUUCGGCAUGGCGGCGCCGCUCCCCGACGUCAGCAGCGUCAAGGCGAAGGCGUUGCGGGCCUUCGCCGAGAAAUUCGGCGAGCGGGCCGCCGUUUGCGUGUACGCGCCGGGACGCGUUAAUCUCAUCGGCGAGCACACGGAUUACAACGAGGGCUUCGUACUGCCGAUGGCGCUACCGAUGGUCACGGUAAUUGCCGGCAAGUCUCACGACGGUAAAAAGACCAGAAUUCUUUCCUUGAACGACGUAGUCGGCGCUAUAAACGAAUUCCAAUUCGAAGCGAAGAGUCGAGCUGAUAUAAAACCAGGGGAGCCAAAAUGGGCCAACUAUAUAAAAGGAUGCAUCGCUAAUUUUAUUUUCUUGGGACACCUUGCGCCACAUAAUCGACCAAUUUUAGGUGAAGUACCUGCGUUUGAUGCCGUAAUUGUGUCGACUGUGCCAGCAGGCGCCGGACUUAGUAGUUCUGCGGCUCUAGAAGUAGCCACCUACACCUUCUUGGAGACUUUGAGCGGCAAAAAGCCGGAGAAACCAGAGCAGAAAGCUUUAGCAUGCCAAAAGGCAGAGCACGAUUUCGCUGGUGUGCCGUGCGGUAUAAUGGACCAGUUUAUCUCAGCGAUGGGUGAAGAAGGCUGCGCCCUUUUGCUCGAUUGUCGCGAUCUUGUCGCUAAGCAAAUACCCAUGCUGCACAUAGAUAACUAUGUUUUCCUCAUAACGAAUUCGAACGCACCGCACAAAUUGAGCUCGAGCGCCUAUUGCGAGCGCAGAGAUUCUUGUUACGAAGCCGCGAAAAUGCUGGGCAAGGAGAGUUUGAGAGAUGCGAGUAUGAGCGAUAUUCUAGGUAACGACAGAUCACUUUAUACCAACAUGUUUUUAGCCUUAAUAUCGCGAAAUGCGUCGGAUCGCAUUGUGAAAAGAGCUCGUCACGUGGUCACGGAAAUUCAACGAACUCUGGCCGCUGCGACGGCGCUUGAGAAAGGUGACUUUCAGCAAUUUGGACGAUUAAUGAAUGAAAGUCACGAUUCAUUGCGCGACGAUUACGAGGUCUCGUCCAAGGAGCUAGAUGCACUGGUCUCGGCGGCCAGAGAAGUAGACGGCGUAUUAGGAAGCCGUUUGACGGGCGCAGGCUUCGGCGGUUGCACGGUAACUUUACUGAGAAAGGACACAGUGGACAAGGCGGUCCAACAUAUAAGAGCAAAAUAUUCCGGCACACCUGAAUUCUACAUAGCGACUCCGUCCGGAGGUGCUCGAGAAAUCGAUGUCAACUAGCGUUAAUAUUGAUUUCUUAAAUGUACAAACUUUACAUUGUUGUACUUUAUACAGAAUAUUAACAAUUGUACGAUACUUUGAAAUACAUAAUUGAUUCUUCAAGAUGCA